AUGCCUUCUUCUUCUUCUUCUUCUUCUUCGUCUUCCACCUAUGCCCAAGCUGCCUGCGGCUUCCUCUUCUUACUCCUACUCCUCAACCCUAACUUCUCCAACAAGGCAACUGCAAAACACACACACUCCUCCUCUUCCACUCACCACCACCGCCAACGCCCGACGGACGCCGCCGCCACGAACCCACGCCUCCACAGCGCGUACCUUGCGUUGCAAGCAUGGAAGCGGGUCAUCUACUCCGACCCAUCAAACUACACGUCCAACUGGGUCGGCCCAUCGGUGUGCAACUACAAUGGCGUCUACUGCACGGCGUCGGUGGACGACCCUGAAACCCAGGUGGUGGCCGGAAUCGACCUAAACCACCUGGACAUCGCCGGAUUCCUCCCCGACGAGCUAGGCCUUCUCGCCGACCUGGCUCUCGUCCACAUAAACAGCAACCGCUUCUGCGGCAUCGUCCCACAGGCCAUCUCCAAUCUCACCCUCCUCCACGAGCUCGACCUCAGCAACAACAGAUUCGUCGGCCCCUUUCCUUCUCCAGUACUCGCCCUCCCAUCCCUCAAGUUCCUCGAUAUUAGGUACAACGAGUUCGAAGGCCCGUUGCCACCUCAGCUGUUCGGAAUGGGCCUGGACGCCAUCUUCGUCAACAACAACCGAUUCACCAGCACCAUCUCCUCCACCACCCUAAACGGCACCGGCGCGUCCGUCCUGGUCUUCGCCAACAACAGGUUCAACGGUUGCUUGCCCCCCACGAUAUCCCAAUUCGCCGACACCCUCGAGGAGCUCCUGCUGGUCAACUCCAGCCUCCAAGGUUGCUUGCCCCCGGAGGUAGGCUACCUCUACAAGCUGCGGCUGCUGGACGUGAGCCGCAACAGGCUCGUGGGCCCAGUCCCCUACAGCCUUGCUGGGCUGGCCCAUCUGGAGGUCCUGAAUCUGGGCCACAACUUGAUGACCGGGAUUGUCCCCGACGGCGUGUGCGUGCUGCCGAGGCUGGACAACUUCACCUUCUCCUACAAUUUCUUCUGCGACGAGGAAGGGGCUUGCGUCAACCUGACGUCGAGAGGGGUGAGGUUCGACGACCGGAGGAACUGCCUGCCGGAGAAGCCGCUUCAGAGGAGCAAGGAGCUCUGUGAUAUCGUGGCGGAACACCCCGUUGACUGUGGUCAACGAUGCACUGGCGGUAAUGCUGCUGGGUUCGUUGACGGUGGUGCAUUUGCUCCGUUCUUGGCGCCUGCUGUUGCUCCUGGCCCUACAUGA